AUGAAAAUUAAGGACGAAGGGGCCCUGACGUUCCCUGGAAAGCUGAAGAGUGAUCCCAACAAACGAUCUAGGGACAAAUAUUGCCGCUUCCACCGUGACCAUGGUCACGACACAGGCGAUUGCUACGAUUUGAAGCAGCAGAUUGAAACCCUUAUCCGACAAGGAAAGCUGCAAAAGUUCAUCAGCAAGGAGAGAACAGAUCCACCCCCACAAGAACAGUACCCCCGGCGAGAGAACGAGCGACCAAGAGCCCCAAUAGGGGACAUAAGGAUGAUAGUCGGAGGAACAGUUAUAAUCGGGUCUUCAAAAAAGGCUCGUAAAACGUACCUUCGGAUGGUACAGAGCAUUCAGCGAACGGGCACCGUGUCGAAGAUAGCAAAAAGAGAAGGCCCCAUUAUCAGGUUCUCAGAAGAAGAUGCACGACGCCUACACCAUCCACAUGACGAUGCUCUCGUCAUCAGCAUGCGGGUAGGAGACUACAACAUGCACUGGGUGUUGGUCGACAACGGCAGCUCAACCGAUAUCUUGUAUUAUCCGGCGUUCCAGCAAAUGAGGAUUGACAAUGAGCGAUUAGUACCGACGAACGCCCCACUCAUUGGUUUCGGAGGAAGCCGGUUAUUCCCUUUAGGCGCGGUCACGUUAUCCAUGACGGUAGGCGAUUACCCCUAG